GAAGAUCCAUCUCACGAUGCGGUUUCCCGUGCGCCCCUCCCACGUGGCAUACAUCCACUGGAUCCGGCCCACCUUAAAGGCCUUUUCCAUUUUCAUGCCGGCCCUCCCUUCUUCUGCAAUUUUAUUUGAAUCAUCAUCGCUCAUCGCAUUCCCCAGAUCAUCAUAUGGUAUUGGUAUUGCGCUUCUUCCACUUUUCUAUCUCAUGACGACCGGCCUGAGGCGUGAUCCGCCGUCCGCGGCUGUCGGCGCUUUGCGUGGAAUAGCGCUGUCUCGUUCCGGCGUGAUGUGUCGGUACAGCGUGAGACGAGCGCAGGCUCGCCGGAAAAGGUUGGAGAUCCGGCGGCUAGAGCUUUCGAGUCAGGUCGCCGGCGGUGGCGGCAAAGUUAUAUCCAGUGAGAAGUACUCCAAGAAUACGGAAUCUGAGAGCAGAAAGAGAGAUUCCGACCUCUCUGAAAGCAAGAACAGUGCGGAGAAGCGAGUUUCAGAGCUGUCUUUGUCGUACUCGUCAUCGUCGGAGACCGACGUCGUUUUUCCUCGGAUUGAAGCGAUGAAGAGUUGGCGGAGUAUCACGUGCUUACCGCACGGAUCGGUAUCGAUGAUCGGGCGGAGAAGUGAAAUGGAGGACGCUGUGAGAGUGGAGCCAGGGUUUCUUGCCAGUCAUUCAAGAGUGUAUGACUUCUUUGGCGUGUACGACGGUCACGGAGGCUCGCGUGUGGCGCAAGCCUGCCGCGACCGGUUGCACCGGCUACUGAAGGAGGAGAUUGAGGAGAUAGGAACAUUCGAAUCGACGUCGUUAGUGGAUUGGGAGAAGGUGAUGGUGGCGUGUUUUGAGAAGAUGGAUGAGGAAGUCAAUGAUAAUAGGAAGGGCAGUACGGCCUUGUCGGAAACGAUAGGUUCCACGGCGGUGGUGGCGGUGGUAGGAGCGGAGGUGGUGGUAGUUGCCAAUUGCGGCGACUCAAGAGCUGUUCUAUCCCGAGAAGGCGUCGCCGUGUCCAUGUCUAAUGAUCAUAAGCCUGACAGACCUGAUGAGUUAGAGAGAAUUGAAGGUGCUGGUGGAAGGGUUAUAAACUGGAAUGGGCAUCGAGUCUUAGGAGUUCUUGCUACUUCAAGAUCAAUAGGGGAUCACUACCUGAAACCAUUUGUAAUACCCAAACCAGAUGUGGCAGUGAGCAAAAGAACCAACCGAGAUGAGUUCCUGAUCCUAGCAUCUGAUGGCUUAUGGGAUGUGGUCUCAAAUGAGGUUGCGUGCCACGUUGUAAGGCAAUGCCUAUAUGGCAAAAUGAAGAGGAGUUCCCUAGUGAUUGCAAAUGGAAGUAAAUUGAGCAAGUUUGUGAAGGACAGCCGUGCUGCAGAUGCAGCAGCCAUACUAGCCGAGAUGGCACUGGCCCGGGGUAGUGAAGAUAACAUUAGUGUGGUGGUAGUGAAUUUAAAUGAAUAGAAACAAGUAGAGGCACAAAAUAAAGGCGAGAUGGAGUAGCUUCUCUCUACGUACCCUUUGUUUUCUCCAUUUUACCUUGUAAUCAUAUGCUGAGAUUGAUUUCAUCAAUUCGAGAAUGUACAGGAUGGUUCCUCAGUUUUGGACGUUGGUGACUCUGGUUAUGUUUGGAAAACCCGCAUUACUUAUUA